UCUUCAGCCUGCUAUUUGGGACUGACGCGGUCAUGCCCGUGCGGACCAGUUUAUUUUCAUGAACUUGGUUCUGGAGUGUUUAUGUCCGACCGUCCCAACCAAUGCAUAUUUGUACUAAGAUUGUGAUUUUGUAGAAAAUGGUGCCCUGCACCUUAUUUUCGUCGUGUAUCACCCUUCUGGGCAAAGAGCUCAGAGUCAGUCUUUGCAUUGGUGCAGCUCGGUGCACCGGUGUUGUGGGUUCAGCACUCAGGGCUUUCGGCUCCAGCGCGGACGGACCCCCGAAGAAGCCCCUGAAUGCCUACAUGCGAUAUGCGCAGCAGCAGAGGCCCCUCAUAGUCGCCCAGCGUCCAGGACUCUCGGUUCCUGAUGUAACUCGAGAAGUUGCACAGCGGUGGAAGGAGCUCACAACUGAGCAGAAAAGGCCCUACGUGGACACAUCAGCAGCAGCCAUGCAGCAGUAUUAUGCCGAGAUGGAGAAGUACAAAGCCCAGCUCACUCGGGAUCAGUCUGCUCUUUUGGAAAAGAAGAAGCGGGAAAGCAUGGCCAAAAAAGAGGCCACCAAGAAAAAGAGGGAACUGAAAAGUCUGGGAAAGCCCAAGCGCCCCAGGACUGCUGUCAACAUCUUUAUGACAGAGCAUUUUGAAGAAGCAAAAGGAAAAACAGCAGUGGCCAAGAUGAAAGCCUUAAUGGACAUCUGGAUGAACUUGUAUGCUGCCCAGAAACAAGCCUACCUGCAGCUCGCAGAAGAUGACAGAAUCCGUUACAAAGUUGAAAUGAAGACCUGGGAAGAGCAAAUGAUCAAGAUGGGAAGGGAGGACCUCGUUCGAAAGAAAUCUACUGGAGAAAAAAGGUCCAGGGAGCAAAAUAAGGGAACAAAAAGUUUAGAGUUGAGUCCGUUAAAGCAAAGGUGACUUUAAGCUACACUGCAGUUGGCUGAAUUGAAAGGAAAGCUGAUGUAGCAGGUUAAAGACAGAAGAACCUGAAGUUCAGCACUUGUAAAUAGUAGUCCCAGACUCUGUGAUGGAUUUUCAGCACUAAAAGUUUUAGUAUUUUUCUAAGGUUAUAAAGUGAUCGUGCUAAGAGACAAUGGAUAUUGUAUGCAACUGGAGAUA